GGUUCUUGAGAAACAGGAGCUAGGGUUCCUGGGCGCUCUGUUCGAUCGACGACCAGGCGCGGGAAUGGCGAGAAUGCGUUUCCCCAGAGUAGGUCUUAGCAUCCCGCUGCUGCUGCUGCUGCUGCUGCUCGCCGUGGGAUGCAGGGCGGAGAUCCGCAAUGUGGGGAUCAAGGCAGACUCGCGGCCACUGAUCGUGUUCGAGAGGUUUGGCUUCGGCGGCCGAGGUAGGGUAGAGAUUUCGGCGUCGGAUCUGUCGCUGCAUUCCACAUCCAGCAAGGAGACUUCGCCGCCGGAUCUGGCACAGAUGGGCUUCUUCCUCACCACGGAAGCGGAUCUCGUCCAGGUGCUCCUCGAUGCGGAGCGUCACGCCAGCGAUUUCUGCGUCCUCAAGAACAGCCAGAGCCAAGUGAGGGUCUUGUUCUUGCUCAACCAAGUCAAGAGCAACUACACCAACGUCUUCGACGUGGCCGACACCAACGAGUAUGGAUUGUUCUUCGCGAAUUGCCAGCCCCACAUCCGGGUCUCCAUGAAGGUGAGAACUUCCAUGUACAACGUCGACGCGAAUGGGAGGAAGAACUUCUUGCCGUUUGGACAGACCGAGCUCCCGGCUCUCUACUCGAUCUUCGCGCUGGGAUACAUGGUGGUACUCGGGCUCUGGGGAUAUGUCUGCUACAAGCAAAAGCCCAACGUCCACAAGGUUCACGUCCUCAUGCUCGUCCUGGUGGUGCUCAAGGCCGUGAAUCUCCUCGCCGAGGCAGUGGAUCUAGAGUUUACCAAGAAGACUGGAACCCCGCACGGCUGGGACGUGGUCUUCUACCUCUUUAGCUUCCUGCGGGGGGUGAUGGUGUUCACUGUGAUCAUCCUCAUCGGGACGGGGUGGUCGAUCCUCAAGCCUUUCCUCCAGGAGAACGAGAAGAAGGUGCUGAUGAUCGUCAUACCGCUCCAGGUGCUGGCCAACAUCGCCGCCAUCGUGAUCGACGAGACGGGGCCGUCGACCAGGGACUGGAUCACCUGGAAGCAGCUCCUCCUGCUGGUGGACAUCGUGUGCUGCUGCGCCGUGCUCUUCCCGAUUGUCUGGUCGAUCAAGCACCUCCGGCAGGCGUCGAGGAGCGACGGCAAAGCCGCCAGGACGCUCGUCAAGCUCACGCUCUUCAGGCAGUUCUACAUCCUCGUCGUGAGCUACAUCUACUUCACUCGGAUCGUGGUGUUUGCGCUCACGGCUGCGAGUGAUUUCAAGUACCGAUGGAUGGCAGCGUGCGCGAGAGAGGCUGCCACGCUCGCCUUCUACAUCUUCACGGGGUACAAGUUUAGACCCGCGGAGCGCAAUCCUUACAUCUCUCUCGAGGAGGAGGAAGACGAGGAAGAAGCCCUUCAAGAGGCGCUCAAGGACGACGAUUUCGAGCUCUAGAAAAGCUUUUGAGCAGUGAGCCAGUGCCGGGAUGUAUAGAUGUUUCUUUUUUUCCAGGAUUUUCAAAGAAACUCUUUUUUAAUA